AUGGCCCCCGAGGCUCCAGAUCCCCAGAGCCUGAAGUCAUGGCAAGACGCAUUUCAGUACCCGAUUCCUACGGUUCGCCGUGUGGAGCAGGAACUGCGACGGGACAUUACAAGCAAUAGGGAGAAGCUCCGAGCUCUCGUGGGUACGCGAUACCGAGAACUUGUUAGAACUGCGGAGACAAUUGUGGAAAUGAACAAGGAGAUCCAAGACGUGGAGGCUACCCUGACCGAUGUUGGACGACGAUGCAACCCGCGGCUGGUGGAGAAGAAGCAUCUUCAUGCGCGGCAGAUGAAGAGUGACACUACAGAUACAGAUGCCGAUAAGCAUACCUUCGGAGCGCAACUAGCGCUACUUCACCGUUGUACAACUUCCAUCACUCGACUAUUGCGCAAACGGGCUUCGAUGCUGCUUAUUGCAAAGGUACUCGUUGUAUCUCGCCUCCUGCACAAAACUCUCUCUCAACACCCCUCGACCCCACCGUUCCUAGACGAUCUGCGUAAUCAAUUGGCCUCGCUGCGCCGAACACUUCUAAAACGAAUUGAUAAACGAUUGACAUCCGCAAAUGGCUUGGAUGAUAGCAUAAUCGAGUCAUUGGCUGCAUUCUGCCUUGCGACAAGUUCUUCAUCCGACGAUGCUAUCCAUCAUUUCCACCAGGUUCGCCUCGAUGUUAUUACCAGCCAAUUGGAUUCGUCUCGCGAGAACAUCCCGAAAGCCCUUCGACUCUUCAUUCGCACACUGCAGAAUUCCAAGGUCUUGCGAUCUCGUCAAUUUUCGGACGUUCUGUCCAAGCUCAAGACAAGACCCAUUCUCUCUGAUCCAGAAGUUCGCAGUCUAGACGGCCUAGAGAUUGAAGUGCUGGGUCGUUGGGCCGCCCCAGAGGUCAUCAAUUUCACACCCUGGAUUAAACUGAGUGAGCUUGGACGCUCUGAAGGUCUCCAGUCUAUUAAGGAGUGGUCGUCCCAGGCCUUUGACAGGUUCGUGGAGGGAGCUCGGAAGGCUCUUGCUCAGUGCAAUGACUUCCCCGCGCUCUUGUCUUUGCGUGCGGAUACCGUAGAAUCGUGGCUAUCCUCCUGGGGUUCGACGAUUACACACGGCUCUGAAGUUGUUCUUGAACGCCUACGAAACAUCUUCAACGAUCAUCUUAAACGAAUCCUGACCACUCAGGUCCAGACAAUCGAUGACAUUGCGGGCCAGAUUUCAUCGACCGUGUCUAACUGGGAAACGUCUGAACAUGCUUCAGUUGGGUCCCUCUGGGAUUCUGACUUGAUUGCCGCGGAUUACUCAAACGGGGCAUCUAUUUUCAAACAUGCGGUGGCGGACCGUCUGCUCGGACGGGACGAUGACGUGUCUGCAGUCUUGACGAAGUACAAAUCCUGGCUCGUAUCUGUCCAAGAAUUGAAUGAAUCGAUUGAUGCUCUCCGCCGCCUUAAGUGGACUGAUGUCCUGGUUGGCGGCGAAGUGGAAGAUGAAGACAUCGACGUCAACCCUCGACUGAACGAUGAAGACCCGCGAACUCUUUCGAAUGCUCUGCAUUCGGCUGUCGGGCAGGCUUACCAAAAUCUUCAAGAUUCCUUCAAUGAUGCCUUUGCGACAUUUGGGUCUUCGCAUCUCAAUCAGAAGGCCACAUUCUUGCUUCGGCUCAUCCGGCUUGUUCGCCGAGAGAUACCUUCUGGGUUUGUCGCAGCAGAUUUCCUGUUCUCAAGCGACCUUACUCCCAAGCUGCAGGAUCUGCUUGCUAAGGACAUUGUGACGCAUACUGGCGGUCUAGCCUUUGUCCCUGCGAUCACAACUAUCAAGGAAAAGACUUCUAGGCUUGUUCCUGGCCGGUCGCUUUGGGAAGGCGAACCACCUAUGCCUGUCCAGCCUUCACCAAGUACAUUCAAGUUCCUGCGUCGCUUGACUGCCACUAUGGAUGAGAGUGGCCCUGAUCUUUGGGACCCAUCAACCGUGCGAGUCUUGAAGACUACAUUGGCAAAGCAGUUGGAAAAGACGCUCAACUCGACACUCGAGGAACUGGAAGGCUGGGAGACUUCAAGCAAAGCUAUUCUCGACUCUGAACCCAAGGAUGAAGAACCCGCUGCAGAUGGUGACAAGGUCGAGAAAGCGGCAGACGCUACCACUGAUCCUGUGGAUGCCGAUAAACCAAUUGAUGCCCCUCCUGCAGAGGCUUUGCACGAUUGGAAGGUGCAGCUGCUCUUUGAUGCCCUUUACCUGGCAAACAUGUUAGGCGACCCGACGCAGUUGGCCGAUGUCGCGGAGCGGGUUCAAAAAAGCGCCGACCCUAGCCUUGCAGCUGCCAAGGCUAUCCGCAAGUCCUCUCAAGAAUAUUGGAAGCGGACGGAGCUUCUGUUUGGUCUAUUGGCAGAGCGUUAA